UGUUUUGGCUUUACACAAGUCUUGUCAUUUAGAAGAAUUCAGUGUCACUUGUCUUUUUCGAGAUAGUUUUCAAUGUGAAGUUGAUAAGUGGCUCAACUUUGCAUUAGCAACGAAAGUUGAAAGUCUGAAGAUAGAAUUAUUCUAUCUUCAUUGGUGAGAUCAUCAUGCUUGUUUAGAUUUGAAAGACCUGUCUGGAUUUCAGAAUCUCAAAGUGUUGACUUUAAGCGGGGUUGAUGUGGAUAGUCAAGUGGUCAACAUGUUCCUCUCAAGCUGUGUCCUUCUCGAAUGCUUAUCAAUCCGAGAGUCUACCCAAUUGCAACAUCUAGAUGUAAUUGGUCCUUCUCUCAAGUUGAAGCAUUUGGAGAUACAUUCUUGCGAUAUACUAUCUUCCCUGAAGAUUAAUCAAUGUAUCAAUCUUGUCUCUUUUAGUUACGAGGGAUCGGAAACGAAUUUCGAUCUCGAGAUUGUUACUUCAGUUCUUGAUGUUCACAUCGAUGCAUAUUUCUUUCCAUCUUUGUCUAGACUUGCUACCACCCUUGCAACGAAAUUCACUCAACUUGUCAUGCUUUCACUUGAAGUAAAUUUUGGUCAACUGAUGGGCAUGGACAGCUAUUCUCUUCCAAAAUUCAACAAUCUCAAGCAGGUCAUGUUGAGUGUUUCAAACGUUACCGAUUGUAGUCACAUUGGAAUACCUCCUCUUCUUGAUACAUCUCCAAACCUGCAAAAAUUCGAGAUUGAGUUUAUUUGGUGUUAUAUGAUGAUCGUUAUAGGUCAAAUGCUUUUUCAAAAGGCAGAAUGUCCCUAUCAACAUCUCAAAGUGAUCAGAUACAACGGUUAUCUUAGGGGCUCAAGUGAUGCCGAACUUAUGACUUACCUUCUUGAAAAUUGUUUAGCGCUUGAGAAAUUAAUUGUGAGUCCUUGCAAUUUCUCACCACAUUCAAGGAAGUGUUCCAAAGUAGAGAGAAGAUCAAGAAGUCGGGCUUGGCGCCAACUAGAAGGAAAAGUUUCUGAAAGAGUCGAGCUGAUCAUCCUUUAA